AUGGAUGUGGAUACCCCCACAUCCAUAGCUACGCCUACGCCUCCACCUGCACGGCGUAGUGAAGAUGAACCGCCACCAGAAGAAUCCAGUACACAUUCCCAUUCACACUCCCGUUCACCCGCCACCGUAGCACCAAAUACCACACCAUCACAUACAGCCGGACCAUCUUCAGAACAUCUAGCUCAGACGCAGACACCGCUUUCGGAUAGAUCAAAGAGGAGUGCGAAAGAUGGAUACUGGAAGAUGAAAGAGGCAGAAGCCAAAGCGAAAGCGCCGCAGAAUGAGAAUGAUGAAGAGACACCAAUACCGCAGCUUUCGCAUACUGCUACUACGGUUGAUAAUCAACAGGAUAUAUUGACGACUCCCAACACAUCUUCUGUACCUCCGGUAGAUACCAACUCCAAUGCUAGUGCUACACCUGUACCUACUGCGCAACCACAGCCACAGACGCAGAGCGGACCCAAGAAAAGAGGUAGGAAGAGGAUUCCCCCACCGCCAUUGAUGACUACCAAAGGGAUAAGUCUGGUAUUUCGUAUGCCACCUGCUGGUCCGAGCGGGUCGACAUCAGCUUCAGCUUCGACUCCACAACAGGCAAUAGCUAGUGGAUCAGGUGCAGGCGGUGAUCAGGAUAGUAGAGAUAGUACGCCGGAUUUAGUUGGGGAUGCAUCAGCACCAGGAGAAGGUGAAGGGGAAGGUUCGAAAAAGAAAAGAAGGGCAGAAGUAUCUUUAUCCAACUCCCGUCCGACACGCGGUCGUCCAUCACCCAAUGGAACCCCCUUAACCGGAUCACCUGGACCUUCCAACUCCAAUCCCAACGGUGCAUUAUCAAUUUUCGCUCCUCCCCCUCCGUCCGAACAACUUCCCGAGGCUUUACAGACCUCUGCCAUCCCCACUGAUAUAGUAGACGCAGAUGCGAUCAGGAAAGAGGCUGCGGCAGGGUUCGAAUCUCGCUUGAGGUCUAGGGCAGCACCGGGUCAGAGAAGAGACGGAGGUGAGAGAACGGGUGUAUCGGCAAGUGGUAAAGAUGUGAGAGUUGGUGGAACACCCAGAACAGCAGAUAAGGCCAAUAAUAGUGGAGCUGGGAAUGGGACGGCUACUGGACAGGGGACAGGGGGUAAGAAGAAGGGAAAAGGAAAAGCCGAUGUCGAUGUGCCAAAUCAAGAUUUUUGUUCUGCAUGUAGAGGUAUAGGCAGAUUUUUAUGCUGCGAUGGAUGUCCCCGAUCAUUCCAUUUCAUGUGUCUAGAACCACCUCUACGGAUCGACGAAUUGCCAGAUGAAGAGACUUGGUAUUGUAAGAAAUGCAGAGCUGAAAGGCUGAAGGAAACGCGCGAGACCGCUUCACCGACCAAAGAAAAGGAGUUGAAACCCAUUCCAAUGGUCUUCAAGCAAUUGAGUAAAAAGGUGGACGAAGAGAACCCUUGUCAAUUCCGGUUACCGGCCACUUUGAGGACAUACUUUGCAGGUGUCGGCACAGCUCCAAGGGGAGAGUACGUUGAUGCCGAAGAAGCUCGAACCAAAUAUGAUCGCAAAGGUUUUCAAGAAGACCGUGAUCCAUUCAAAACUCGAGAUGGCAAGAACAAGCCUAUCGCAUGCUACGUCUGUGGUGGAUCAUCUUUGCCCAAUCAUUCUCUCACUACUGAUCCUGAAUCGGCUUGGAGACAAAUAGUUUCGUGUGAUUAUUGUACAUUAUCUUGGCAUUUGGAUUGUCUGGAUCCACCAUUAUCGUCAAUGCCUAAUUCAGGUAGGAAAUGGAUGUGUCCCAAUCAUGCUGAACAAGCUUUGCCACGACGAAGAACCGUUCGAAAUGAUCUUGAAACUGUCGAUAUCGAUCAGCGCCAUCAACCCAAUAACGGUAAUAUUGUGGUCAUACCUGAACCAGAUCCUCCUAAAGGUCCGCCAUUGGAUUACGAAGAUCUGGUCAUCAAUCGUAAGAAAUUCAGAGUUCCCGAGAGGAUCAUCAGGUUGGACUUCUGGGAGAAAGUCCAAAAGAAUGGCGGUACACUGAAACCUAAUGCUCACUUGAAUAAUCCAUCCGAAGAAGAUGUAGAAGCUGCCAAUCUCGUAUUAUCAUUACUUGAACCACAACCUGAAUCGCAAAAUAAUGGUAUCAACCCCGAGCCAGAACAGCCACAGAAUGAUCGACCGAUGAACGAUCCUUUCCCUACACCUUCGACACCUACUCACGGUAAUGAAAAACCACAAAGUACAGGUUCAGGUUCAGGUGGGAAACAACCGAAGAUCGUUUUGAGGAUGCCAGCUGGAUUAACACCAAAGUAG